CCACGAAGACGCUUAUUAGCCCCGGCCAAGGUGGCUCGCUAGCCCACAGCGCUUGUUGGAUCGGGACGACGCAACUCACCUCACAGGCCAGCCUGGACGGCUCCGCCCUCCUCCAAUCUUGCAGGCGGCUGAUUCACACCCUUGACGGUGGGCUGUCCGUCUGUUGUUGCCGGCGGGCUGGAUGGAUGUUGACUCGACUGGGUUUUCCCCCAGCGCAGUGCGAGCAAAGUUCUCGAUCGUGACUGAAUGGGUCGAGGCAGGUGCGAGCGGAGUACUACUACUAGUAACGCGUGGCUGCCUCUUCGCUUGUCCGUGGGGCUGGUUGGCGCUUUCGUCUUCCGUUCCGUUCCUUCUUGUUCUUGUUUCUUUGCUGCCAUCGUGCCUUCCCGGUCCGCCGGUCCUGCAGCGGCCUGCCCUGCCCUGUGCGCCUCGUUGGCACUUCCCCUCUUUCCGCGACCGCUCGCUCACUCACUCUCACUUCGCUUCUCUCCUUUUUCGGCUUCAGCUUCACCCAGCGGUCGCUGCCUGUUUCUUCCUGGACGUGGCCUGCGGCAUUCUCUUCUUUGAACGGUUAUUUUCACUUCCUCGGGUGCGGCCAGCGAGAUCUGGCCCCUUUCGACGACCCCGUGUCUCCACCCCCAAAACGGCGCCGCACCAGAGUGGCUUGUGACUUACAAGCCUUUCCAUGCCGUGACACCAUUUGCUGGCCUCAGAUCUGAAACACGACCUCCGGUAAAGACCGUGACACGACGACGGAGCGCUCGCAUCAAACCCGCCCGUCGCACUCAUCAGUGGCCGCUGGUGCCCGCUUUCAUUCAUCCAUCUUCUCUCGUCGAGCCCAAGCUGGCCGACGCUGUCACACGUGCUCGCUGGGGCGACUAUCACCACCGUCCAGGCCGGAUAUCGCGGCAUCCGCUCCGUCGAGCGCACAGGGCGGAGAGCGUUGACCAUCUGGUUGUGCCAUCUGAGACUCCAGGUGUUUCUCUUUUUGGCUUUUGGCGCACAUCUGCCUUUGCGCAGCGUUCGACCUCGGAACGGCAUCCCCAGCACUCGUUCAAGGGGCUGUCUCUGAUCUUUUGCUCUUUACAUUCGUGUUGAUUUUCACUUCAUGCGCCUGCCCGGCCUUCAUUUACGACGGACCACGAGAGCAUAGAUCGAUGCGCUCGUGUAGCCCGACGGCUUCGGAAGUAACCAACUCUUUCAUGUUGCGGAACCGCACACAUCUCGACUAGUCGCUGGUACGGCAUACACGUGGACGACACGACCGCCGCAUCGGUUCCGACAGACUCCGCAUAGUGUUGCGAGUCAGACGUCGAGAGGGUGGCCGCGAACAGGGGGCCGACCUAGGGCGGCUCCUUCAACCGCAGUAAUAGUCAUUGCUCAUCUGGGACUGUCGACUGAAGCUGUCCACACUUUGUCGACAGACUGCUCGAUCGAGCACACAAAAUGAAUCAAAACUAUCAAGGCGACGCAGGGACCUCGGCCCCCGCCGGGUCCGUCAAGCGCGCGCGGGAACGAGUACAGGCGGGACUUCCGCGAGAGUCGCUGCCCUUGCGCCAACUACCGACGAAUCCAGAGCCGCGGAGGGACGACUACUCGGCAUCGACGUCUCGCCUGCCGGUGGCAGCCGCCUCCGGACCUGCGCGGCUGACGAAGCCGCGGCCCCAGCCGGCGGGAGACGGACGCGCGGGACGCAGCAUCUCACGGCCGAUGCAUGCACCUCAAUGGCCGCUCCCCGGACCUGCCGCGUCUCCCAUCAGCCCGAGGUCGGAGCCCGUGUACUCACCAUCGGCGCGGGCGCCGCGCAGGCCGCCUCGUCCAAGCAACGUCCCGUCCAUACUCGACGAGUCCGGCCCCCCAGAGCCAGGCCCUCACUUUGCCGGCCGCUCCAACGCCCCUCAGAGCCCGGACGUGGGGAGCGACGGCGGCUACGAUGCGCUGUCCCCCGCGGUCGCCUCCUCGAGGCAGACGACCUCAUCGAUCGGCACGAUACCCGACUUCCCCGUGCCGGCCCCGACUCCAGCCACGGCGCCGUCCGGCGCCGCCGCCAAGAAGAGCUCCACCCUCGGACCGCCGCCUUCGGCUCGCCGCGGCGCAUCGUCAUUCUACUCGACCACGUCAUUUGUAUCUCCGAUCCCCGAGGAGAGCCCCAGGUCCAGGUCGCACGGUUCGUACGCGUCGAGCGCCGCCAUGCCGGAGGCCUGGGACCGCAUCUCGCCCAUCUCCGGCAGCCCCCCGUAUGGAGACGCCUUCUUCGACGACUCCCUAACGGACAGGGAGUCGACGCACGAGGAGUUUGGUGACGAGAGUAAGCUGGUCCGAAGCGCCAGCAUAGGCAAAAAGGGGAAACCCGCGAUCGUCAUGAACAGGACGGGCAGUGGCCGCAAACUCGGCGACGCGAGGCCGGCGCCAUCCCCUGUGCAGCCCUUCAACGGUGGGACGGGGUACGUGGACACGUCCACCGGCUCGUCCAGGUCGUUUCCGACCGCCAAGCAGUCGCCCGACACGACGCCGGCGACGACCAACCAGACGGGCCUCGCCCCCGACCUUGGGCCGUCGGUCACCGGAGGCGCCGCGGAGGCGGUAGACACGUCCCGCCCGCCGAAUCGCCUGUCCAACAUGAGGAGACCACCCCGCCUGGACAUGGACGCCGUUCGGGCGGCCGAGGCCAGGGGUAGCCUGACGAGUCUGCCGGACCUGAUACGACGGGCCACAAGGCUCGCCUCCAUGAUUGACAAGGGCAAGCGGCCAGGCAGUCGCAUGGACGACCUGACAUUUUUCGGCGAAAAGGGUCCGAUGAGGAACGGCGAUGGAUCUCUGUCCGCUGACGAACGGCACCAAUCGGGUCUCUCAGACAUGCUGGCUGCCUUUCCGCCUCCUGUACAUACCCCGCGGGGGAACCGACGGAGCAACGCGUCGUGGUUCCGGCCGAGCUCGUGGCCGGCGGUCGCUGACCAGAGCGCGCGAGGCCACUCUCGCGCGUCGAGCGUCGUGGGCGACGACGACGGUGCCAAGAAGCAGCGGCGUCGCUGCUGCGGCCUCCCGCUGUGGGCUUUUAUCCUCGUCGUCUUCCUCCUUCUCUGCCUCGUCGUCGCCGCGAUCGUAGUGCCCCUGGAGUUCUUCGUCUUCAAGAACCUCGGCAACCACCCCGACGAAAAGGACGCCCUCGCGAACUGCCAGAGCUCGCUGACGUGCCUGAACGCGGGCACCAACGUGGUCUCGCAGGGCGUGUGCUCUUGCAUCUGCACCAACGGCUUCACUGGCUCCAACUGCGGCCAGAGCGGCUCCAUGGGCUGCACGACGACGAACCUGGUGGCGACGGACGGAUCGGCCAGCAUCAACAACGUGACCCUGGGCAGGGCCAUCCCGCGGCUCAUAUCGCAGGGCAACGCCAACUUCUCGCUGCCCCUGUCCGGUACCAUCGUCCUCGCCAAGCUGAACACGGCCAAUCUGUCGUGCAUAGCGCAAAACUCGCUCGUCACCUUUGACGGCUUUUCGACGCGAGGCGGCGAGGCCAACGACGAGGUGACUGACGCGAGCGAUAAGGCGGCCAGGGCCGUGGUGAAGCGCGAUGGACGGUUUCCUCCCAUCUCUAUCAUCACGUACGUGCCGCGAGCCACCACCGUCGUUCUUACCGGCAGGCACCUGGACCAGCGGCCGACUCCCGAACCCCAGUCGACGGCUCCACCGCCCGUGCUCAUCAUCGACACCUCGUCGUAUGCGCCGCCGUCCGCAAGCAAGCCGACCACGACCAGCACGACGACCAGGACGGGGACGAGCACGAGAGCCUCGCCCACGAGCUCGCCCACGUCCACCCCGACUGGCCUCUUCACCGUGACUGAGGAGGUCGUCGACUUUGCCCGCGUGGCCAUGCUGUACAUUCUGCAGGAGGAGAGCGUCAACGCGGCCGAGACGGCACAGACCGGCAUGCAGGCCCUCUUCAGCCGAGCGAGCAGCAGCAAAACGCGCCUCAACGAUCAAGUGACGGAGAAGGAGGCGAAAAAGGUCGCCAUCGGGGGCGACAACACCAUCAACCUUGUCGACUUCACGGUUGACGUGGGUAAGGGGCCGAUUGGGCGCAAGAACAUUAAUCGCAGCAGCGAGCGAGUCGUUGGCGCGUCAACAUCUGGCUCCGGCCGACGGCGAGACAUGCAAUGACCUUGCUUGGCCACCGGCGAACCCAAUUAAAUAUGCGAGCAUCUCGCGGCUGCCGGGCCUGAACGGCUGAGCGGCAAUCGCCACGUGGUGGAAGGGGAGGAGAUCUUGUAUACAGCAUUUCAACGCUCCUUUUUGAUGUGCAUAUGCAACUCCCGAAAGCAGUUAGCGACGGCGUUGAUUCAAGGACUAGAUACCAUCUGUAGGAGCAGAAAGCCUCGGGCGGACGAGACGAGCUUCUCGGCGACUUGGUCGGGGCGUCGCGCGCGGCGUCCUCUAGCUAGUGUUGUGUAACCUCUACAUUUGAGACAUUUACGCGGAG